AUGCCCCCGAAGAAAAGAGCUAAAAUAUAUCAAAGAACUUUCAUAGGUUGUUGGACUUGUAGAAGAAGAAAAAUUAAAUGUGAUGCUCAAAGACCUCAUUGUCAACGUUGUACAAAAUCUAAAUUAACUUGUGAAGGUUAUGAUGUUAAAUUAAAUUGGAGUAAUCCAUUAAUCUUAAAGAAUAAUGAAAUGAUUAAUUAUGAAAUUGAUGAUAAUGAUGAAUCUUCUACUUUCCAAAGAUCAAAUAUUAAAUUAUGUAAAUGGAAUUAUUAUAAAUAUUAUCAAGAUAUUGAUGAUGAUUUAGAAGAAUUAAAUGAAAUUAUUGGGAAGAAGGGACCUUUUACAUUGUUUAGAUAUAAAGAUAAUGAAGAGGAGGAGGAUGUUGAUCGUAUAGAUCAACAUCAUACUAUUAAUACCAAUCAAAAGAAUAAUAAUAAUAUCACUACUACAAGUAAUAGUAUACCUAUUCAUAAAAAAUUAAUAAAAUUCAUUAAAAUUUCAAUUUUUUUCAAAAAUUUAUCAUCAAUUACAAUACCAAAUUUAUCAUUACCUUCAUAUCAACCAACUCAUUCAAAUUAUGAUAUAAUAAAAGAUACUGAUGACUUAUUAAGUAUACCCAAGGAAAUUAUAUCACAUUUCCAAAAAAUAAGGAAUGUCAUGGGGAAAAUAUUUAUGACACAGGAUGAGGAUAUUAUUAAUAUUAUAAGUGAUUUGAUUAAACAUUCAUUAAGUGAAUUUAUAAUAACACAAUCCCCAAUUAAUCAAUUAUUAAUAUUAAAUUACAUAUUAAUUUCAAAAUUAUUAACAAAAGAUAAUAACUUAGAUGAAUUGAAAAACAUAUAUAAUAAAUCUCAAUCAAUAUUCCAAAAAAUCCAACCACAACAAUCAAAUACUUGGUACUUAAACUUAAUAUUAAUAAUAAUGAUCAAUUCAACACUGGGGAUUUAUAACCCAUCCAUAUUCAAACACCAUCCCACCUCAAACAUCAACACAAUAAUAACAAAUCAUUACAACCACUUAAAAUCAAUAAAUCAUUUAUUAAACCACGCUCAAUUCUCAAUAGACCCACAAUUCUCCCAAAUUUAUGAAGAUAUAACUCAAGAUUAUAACCUAUUAAAGCAUCCAUCAAGUUUUAAACAUCAUCAUUCAAAUAAUGGUUAUGGUUUCAUACAAAUUCAUUCCCAAGAGACACCACAUGAUGAAAUCAUCAAAAUCCCUAAAAUUAUUGAUGAAGAUGAUGAUGAUGAUUUACCACCUCCUACUAUUGUUAUUAAUUUCCAACAAGAGGAAGAAACACCAGACUCCGAGGAUCAAGAAUUACAAGAUGAUAAUAGUAAACCUUUAUUUCAAUUUGAGGAUUAUGAAACCCCGGGGAAAGUGUUUGGAGUUUCUAAAGGAUUAGUAUUGGUUUUUCAAGAAUUGGUUAAAUUAAUUAAUCAUAAGAAAUUUUUUAGUAAGUUAGGGAGAGGUAUAAGUAGGAAUUUUCCAAGAGUUUUAGCAGAUUUUGAAGAUUUAUUAAUUAAAUCAAACACCAUGGUUAAAGGGGUGUUAGACCAGGGGUUUUAUCAAGUUUUGAUUAUACUUUUUUAUAAAUUAAUUUUAAAUUAUCCUAAAGUGCUAUUACUUGAAAAUUUUAAAAUUUUAGAAAAGUAUCAAAAACAAAUGGGGAUUUUUUGGUUUAUAAAAAAUUUAUUUGAUAAAGAUUUAAAUUUUGAAAAAAAUGUUUUGGAAGUUGAGGAGGAUGAGGAUGAAAUAUGGGGGAAUAAUUGGGAAUGUAAACAAUUAAUUUUAGAAAUGAAUGAUGAUGAUUGGGAUGAAUUUUUAGAAAAAAGAGGGAUACAAGGUGUUUUUAUAUUAUGA